AUGAACGACGAGUUUCGCCAUGAGCGACUCAAGCUCCCUGGUGGGUUCAUGCGACUACUCCAGAUCCAGGGUAAUACCGGUGGUGGCGGCGGCGGCGGCAGUGGGGUCGGUGUCGUCAACAUCAGCAGCAUUAGCAACAAUACUCCAAAGGACACGAUAUCUCUCCGUAUAACACAAUAUGCCAUUCACCGGCUCCCGCGGUACGUGGCCAUCUCAUACACAUGGGGCUCGGCGCUUAUGACGCGGCCCAUCCGCGUCAACGGACGACCGUUCUACGUGCGGCUCAACCUGUGGCACCUCCUCUGGCACUUGCGACAGCGAGGUGAGAGCCGGUUCCUCUGGAUCGACGCCUUGUGCAUUGACCAGAAGAACCUCGAGGAGCGUAAUUUCCACGUCCAGCUCAUGGGCAACAUCUACGAUAAAGCCGUGGUCGCAAUCGUCUGGCUCGGUCUCCCCAGCGAUGACCGCCGCCAGGCUCGCGUACUGGAGUUCAUCGCUGAGAUGUCGGCAUUUGGCCGGGCUAAGCAUGGGGGGAAGGGUGUCGUUCUUGACGAGACUGACAUGCUGACCAUGUUCCGUCACCAGUUCUUGACCGAGACUUCGACGCAGCGCUGGCUCAAUGUCCUCGAGCUGUGCAAGGGAACCUAUUGGACCCGCACUUGGAUCAUUCAGGAGUUUCUGCAGGCGAGCCAGGUCCAGGUCCUCUGCGGCACGGCCAGUCUCGAGUGGGCGUGUUUUGAGGAUGUUGUGCGCAAGAUGAGGAAGAUCUUGACGGCCGCGUCGCACGAACAGCACCAACAGCAACCCAAACAGCAAAAGCAGCAAGCAGCACUCCCGAGUUUCGUGACUCAGUUCAUGCAGACGCUGCCCGUGCGCCUGACGAUACGGAGGAUCUUCCACACCUCGUCUACGCUGGAAGAGUUGAUCUCCGAGUUCUACGACUCCAGGUGUGCCGAGAGGAGAGACAAGAUCUACGGGAUCCUCGGGAUCGCCGACGACUGCGGUGAAAGAGUUGAACCUCCUGAGAACGCCGUUGUGCGCAUUGGUCCCAAGCCCGACUAUUCCCAGCACAUCAUGGACGUGUACUUCGGGGUCUUCGACUACCUACUAUCCCCAGCAAGCCCGGGGUCGUCGCCGCUGCAGGCGAUCUACCUGACGCAGAAGUCUUUGGGCCUGUCGGAGAAUGAUCUGGUGUCAUAUGUCGACAGCCUAUCUCGCCAGAAUCAACAAAGAGCUAGGGGCCAGGACACCGAUGCCGCUCUCUCGGACCUGGAGGUACGCCUGUUCCGGUCCAAACUUCCACUCCGCCCAGACUACAUCAACGUCAUCUCCGAGGUGCUGCCCGGGUGGACGAGCAUGCGGGACCUGCGCCAGCGACUUGAGCAGGUCGACUGGGCGCGCUACGUCGGCCACGAAGUGAAGCGCAAGCCACUCGGGGCGGCGCGGCUGUCUUCUUCCGGCUCAGGCUCAGGCCCAGGCUCGGGGCUAACGCCGACUCCAACGACGACACCUCAACGGAGGAAAUCGUCGUCCAACGCUGCUAGCAUAGAACUAGGAUUCGACACAGCGACAGCAGCGACGGGAUCAUCGCCAUCAGGCACAAGCACGCCCACCGCAACAGGCCGGCCCGUUCGCGCGCCUUUACCGGAAAACAUGCUCGACAACGUCGUGUACAUGGCGGACCACGCUCACGACACCCUCCAUGCUUUGUACAAUUACUGCGCCGAACCAGCCAGUGACAGUCGCAGCAGCACCACCCCCAUCCCGCUCUCACACAUCCAGCUGUCUCCGCACGAGAAACGGGCACACCUCAACCCCACGCUGGCGAAGCCCAGCAUCAUCAUCGAAUCGUGUCCCGCGAAGGGCGUCGGCCCUGUACGCAUUGGGUUCGCGUGCACGGAGGCGCGCGCGGGCGACCUGGUCUGCCAGUUCAACGGGCUAGAACAGACGCUUGUGGUGCGUCGAGGCGAUGCCGCUGGCGGUGGUGGUCCUGGCGUGAGUCUUGUGGGCCUGGCAAGGAUGGUUUCGCAUCCAGGUCUGCGGGAGAGGGGCGUGCAUCCCGCUGCUGUCAGGACGCCGGGGUUGAUGGGCUGGUCCGGGUGUGUGCUGCCUCCUUCUCCUCCUUCUCCUCCUCCUAUGGAUCAGGAGUCGGGGGAAGCUAGUGCCGUGGUGGUCGUAGAUUUGCCGGCCGCCGGGCACGAUGGCGACGCGUACAACUACACGGUGGACAUGGACCCCGUGAGCUGGUGGGAAGUGCUGCGAUAA